UUGCAUUGAUGUUUACAUUCAAAUACCAAUGUGCUUAACUAAGUAUUGAAAAUAAUUUUUGAACGUUUAUAAUUAUGCCGUUGUAAACAUUAAAUCUGCUGUUAUCUUUCAGUCGUUUAUUGUGUUAAUAAUAUGAACGGAUAUAAACACUCACGAGCGGUUGACAGUAUACAUGGGUCAGAGCACCACCCUUCAUGCAUCUCAGCAGACUGACGACCUUAGUCAUAUGAUGUUCAUAUUUCAGCUCCUUCAGAGCGGCUUGAUAUUCACGGCCCUCGUGGCCGGUGCCAUCUGUGUCGGUCAUCUAGUCUUAAUACGCCGGAAGUACUGCCGAAAUACCACGACGCUGUUCGCAGUGGUGCUCUCAGGAUUUUUGCAUCUGAUCGCGAGCGUGUGCAUGUUGAAAAUUGCCGAAAAUUACAUGAUAAGACGCGUAAAACAGGGGCCCCCGAGCGUCGGCUCGUGCUUAGAUUACUCGAUGACGGCGGCGUUUGCAAACGGGGUGGUGCUCGUGUUUAUCGUGCAUAAUGUUUUUGUUCAGAACUUUAAAUGGUCGAUGUCUACGUGUCUAGCAUACGCAGGCACACUUGGUUGCAUCAUCACAGGAAGUUUUUCCGUAAUCAAGAUUGUGUCGCAAAAUAGCCCACUUCCAGUUGCACAACAUUCGCUUGUGACGCUUGGGACGUAUGGAAGUCAGCACUUUGACGUAUUCUUGUCCGUCUGUCAGAAAAACGUUUACGAGGAAAGAUGGGCUAUUCUGGUGGAAUAUUUAGUGAUAUACGUACCCGUCAUUGUCACCGUGCUGGUUGCUCUUUGCAGGAACAGGACAAAACAAACGGAAGUCACCAUCACAGAGCUAAAGAUUCUCUCAAACAAGGAGUGCAACGUUUCAGUGUUUAACUGUAAUUGUGUUAAAUUGAACUCAGCCAUGGUUGCCGUUCUUUUAUACAUUACUAUUGUCUUACUCAUAGUACGUCCAGGAUACAUUCUGUAUGCGCACGCAACUUCGGGUUACUUCCGGGACAUAUUGCCAAGUUUGUUACAGACAGUAAUUUUCACUUUUAUUUGCUCAGAAUAUAUUGGAAAGGUCCUCAUUCGACCACAAUAUUGGAAUAAUGAGGUGAAAUCAAACGGCUAUCGUGAUUGUAAACAUAAGAGCAACCCUCUUAUGCAGGUUUGAUUUAAACCCCCAGUAAAUUUACAUUUUACUGACCGUUCCAAGGCGGUACCUAACAAUCCUUGAUAAACAUACCUAGUUUUUAUAUAUAUAGCAUGUAUGCACUGUGCUGUUGGUGGAGUAUUGCUCUGUUCUUCCAUGAUUCUUGUUUGUGAUUUUUUGUUUUUGUGUUCUAUGUUUUUAACGUUUACACAGUGCCAUUAAACCGAGUUUAUGUUUAAAUUUUUUGCUACUGAGGUUGUUUCUGUAGAUUUUUACAUAAGUAUUGAUAAGCUGUAAAUUUCUGUGGACAGGUUCUUUAGAGAUGUGUUGUUUAAAAGUAAAGACACACUGCCCUGGAAUGGGAAAUCCAUAGUUAUGUUUCCACAAAACAUGAUACUAUGCUCAAAUACGUUUGUAGCACUUUUGUAACUGGGUCAAUAAUUAGCACAUAAACGUAUCAUAUUGACGGAGUUAAAGUCGAAAUAUUGUCAAAUAUUAACACUUGGUGUCAUCUUCGUUCGUUUUAUUAAAAUGUUACUUAUGGCCAGAAACAACAUGGCAAGAUGGAACUUGGGACACAAUUAUGCUAAGUAUGUCGGGAAGCUUAUGCGUAGCCUAAAAUUCAUAAACUUGAGCUCUUCGAUGCGGACAGAAAAAUGAAUUUCGUCUUUUAAGACAUUACAAUGAGGGCAAAGUCUUUGUUCUAAAAUUGUAUUAUUCCACCAACCAACUUCUAUAUUUAACCGAUGCGACGAUAAUCCUUAUUGGCUUAAAGCAAUUCUGAAUUUCUGUACAUUAACACACUUAAGAUAGGGUUUUAAUUCAAAAUCAGAAAUGUUUCUAUAAAAUAAAGCUCUUGAGGAGUCUGACAAUCUGCUGUUUAAAUUUUAAACAUAAACGUCUCAUAUUCUUUGCUUCAAAAAUGACACAAAACUGGAAAUAUCACCAACAUCUUGUGCAAGCCAGACGUGAUAAACCCCAUAUUACUCAAUAUUGUUUUAACAUGUACUACCCAGUUUGGAAAUUUUACAACAUCAUUUAUCAUUACAUUAUAGAUGGUUCUUAC